GUUGUUGUGCUUUUGUUUUCCCCAGAUCCAGCCAUGCAUCGGGACUGUCCUCUGGACUGCAAAGUCUAUGUCGGAAACCUGGGGAACAAUGGCAACAAAACAGAGUUGGAGAGGUCAUUUGGCUACUAUGGCCCUCUCCGCAGUGUGUGGGUGGCCAGGAACCCCCCAGGCUUCGCUUUUGUAGAGUUUGAAGACCCAAGAGAUGCAAAUGAUGCUGUGCGUGAACUUGAUGGAAGGACAUUGUGCGGUUGCCGUGUACGAGUAGAGUUGUCAAAUGGUGAAAAACGUAGUCGCUCUCGUGGUGCUCCCCCUUCGUGGAGCAGGCGUCCUCGGGACAGAGAUGACUACAGGCGGCGUAGCAGCCCACCAGCCAGGCGGAGAUCCCCACGCAGGAGGAGUUUUAGCCGCAGUCGUAGCAGGUCUUUCUCCAGAGACAGGAGGAGGGAGAGGUCCCUCUCCCGGGACAGGAACCACAAACCUUCAAGAUCGUUCUCCCGAUCAAGGAGUCGCUCCAGGUCCAAUGACAGAAAAUGAAGGACCGUGUGAAGGUGUAAAAGGAGCUCGAGAUGAACGGUUGACCAGACUUUGCCGUUUAGUGACAAACUUCAACUUUGGUCAUUUUUUUUGUGUUGGGUUUUUUAAACAAUUAAGCAUUUUAGUGUCCCUGCCCUUUUUGCUGUUGUAAUUUUCAAAUCUUUUUAGAGGGUGUGUACAGGAGUGCGCUUCACAGAAGUCAUGUCUGUCCCUCGGUCCUGAAAAAGUUGUACCACCGAGCAUUCCAGUUCAUCGUUAAAUCUCUUGAGACCUUUGGGUUUGUUUAUUUUCUUUUUGGUUGAAUGUACUGUGUAGUUUGGCGUAGUGUGAAUUAGUUCAUUUUCAUUGUGUAAACACCAGCAUUUUUUUAAGUGGGACUGGGAUAGAAAUGUAUUUAGAGCCGUCUGUCUGUAAAGCACGUUUUCAAACAUGCUACCUGAUUCAUACUGAAGGUUUCCAUCUGUUAACGAUGCAAAACUAUUGGCUUUUCUUAAAAGGUGUAAUAACACAACUCAAAUUAUUUUUUUUCUGACUUUUUUUCAUUUUUUUCCAUUGUUUCAUACUCUGAAACAGUCUCUCAAUAAAAAACAAUGCUUGUUCUACA